GCCCGAUACCUGUCCAUCCCCUCGGCCCAAACUCCGCUCUUAACCCUCCUCUUUUAUCCUCUCUAUCCCAGCCCACUUCCAUCACUCCCCAGCCCAACUCUCCUCCCUCCCCCCAUUCUCGGCCCAAUCCGAGCUCCACUCCUCAGCCCAAUCCCGUCCAUCCCGUCCAUCCCCAGCCCACCUCUCCUCGUCCACAACCAAUCCUUCCACCACCAAUUCUCCCCAACGAGCCUACCCCUUCCCAUCCGUCGCCUACACAGCGACCUUCCCCUUUGCUACAAUAUAAUCGCCGCCGCCCCUCCACUCAUCCACCAUCGCCACCACUAAUCCAGUACCAUCGUCGACCUCGUCCACAUGCACCACCUUCAAUCCCUCCUCCCCUGUCCUCCCCUCCAAUUCUUACUUCACCACCACCUGCGUCCAAGCCUCCCCCUCCCUCUCGUCCCCGUUUCAACACUUCCCCUCGCGUUGUCCCUCCUCAGCGCCCAACUCUUCUCGCCGGAUUCUCACUCGCACUCAGACCGGCAAAUUGCAGCCACGCCAGUACCUUGCUGCUGCUCCCUCAUGCAUACCAUCCACUGCGGUUCAGGCUCUCAAAUUGCCUCGCUGGCGGGCUGCUAUGGUCACCGAGUUUGACGCACUUGUUCGCAAUCACACCUGGGACUUGGUUCCAGCCCCGCCUGAUUGUAAUGUUCUUUCUAACCGCUGGGUGUUUGCAGAAAAGACUAAUCCAGACGGUUCUCUUGAACGGGAGAAAGCACGGCUUGUUGCGCGUGGCUUUGAGCAAAUUCCCGGCUACGAUUUUGGUGACACUUUUAGUCCAGUAUUGAAGCUUGCAACUCUUCGUCUUCUCCUGGGUAUUGCCGUCUCCAAUGCUUGGCCAUUACAUCAACUCGAUAUCUCAAACGCCUUCUUACACGGCACCCUUAAGGAGGAGGUAUAUAUGCGCCAGCCAGUUGGGUUCAUUGAUCCCGAGCAUCCAGAUUACGUCUGUCGUCUCCGAAAGUCUAUCUAUGGAUUGCGCCAAGCGCCUCGGGCUUGGUUUCAAUGUCUGUCACAAGCACUUCGGGAUUUUGGCUUUGUUGCUUCCCAGACGGAUCCAUCUCUUUUCAUCUACCGAAGUGGUUCUGCUCUUCUUUACAUGCUGGUCUAUGUAGAUGACCUAGUGAUUACAGGUAACGAUUCCUCCAUUAUCCAGCAGCUUCUGGGUCAUCUCCGCUCCAAGUUUGCUCUCCGGGAUCUUGGUCGACUAUCAUAUUUUCUCGGCCUCGAGGUGCAUUACACAUCUACUGGGUUGAUACUAAAUCAGCGCAAGUAUAUACUCGAGCUGCUGGAACGAUCCGGAAUGGCUCAAGCCAAGUCCAUAUCCACGCCUUGUACCCCUGAUCAGUUGGUACAAAGUGGGUCUGAUUUGUCACCGGCAUUUGAUAAUCCCAGCCUCUACAGGAGUAUUGUUGGCGGUCUGCAUUAUUUGAGCUUCACAAGACCGGAUAUCUCCUUUGCGGUAAAUCACGUUUCCCAGUUCCAGCACUCCCCUACAGAGGCACAUUGGGCAGCCGUAAAAAGGAUCAUGCGCUAUCUACAAGGUACCAUCACACAAGGGUUGCUCUUCCAACGGUCUACUCAUUCCCAGUUACAUGGUUACUCGGAUGCUUCUUUUGCCUCUUGUCCCAAAGAUCGGAAAUCUAUUUCUGGUUUUGCUGUUUUUCAUGGAUCGAAUUUGGUGUCUUGGUCGACAAGGAAACAAAAGGCGGUAGCCAGGUCAUCCACAGAAUGUGAAUAUCGAGCCCUAGCUACACUUGCAUCUGAAGUCAUUUGGUUACAGGCGCUACUCACGGAGCUCGGACAAGCACCAUCCUCUUCUCCUGUUUUAUGGUGUGACAAUUUGGGAGCCACGUACCUUGCUCACAACCCGGUCUUUCACACACGCUCCAAACACCUCGAGAUUGAGUUUCACUUUGUUCGCGAUUGGGUCAACAAGCAACAACUUCAUGUUCGAUACCUACCAGCAACCGAUCAACUAGCUAACGUUCUUACAAAGCCUCUUACCCGUCAGGCAUUCCAUGGCUUUUGUUCCAAGUUUCACCUCUCCGAGGUUCCACUUGUGGGGGCGUGAUAAGGAGGAGAUAUUCUCGGAACUACCUUUGUUACUGUUGUCAUUCUGUUUCCUUAGUUUACGUUUAGUGGGAACUGCUUUACUUAGGAAUAGCUGGCUGUUA